AGACUAACCUCAGUCAACCCCCAUCUCACCUUUGCCUUCAUCGUUGCCAGCCGAUUGAGUUUUGUUGCACAUGAAGGACACUUCCACAGAAUUCUACUCAAUUUUGGUUACGGGUUGCUGAGAGGGCUGGCAAUUCCUGAGACUCUUCAUCAAGCAGAAUAGAGAGGCAGCUACAGCUAACUACUCUACAGCUACAGCAGCAGCUCAAAAUGGCAUAUCAAUCUCCUCCUCCCGCCAUUGCCCGCAAAGAAUCCAGUCCGUCUUUUCAGGCUUCACUUCGACGAUUCUCGGGGGCUUCGGGUCCGCCUGUUCUGCCGCCUGCUUCACCUCAUCAUACUUCACCUCACACCUCACCGAAGCCAUUGGUAAGUGGUAGACAGUCCACCCAGUCAAACCACCCCAGCCCGCCGCCAAAUGGGAUUCUUCCCUCUCGAAGCCCGCUACCUUUAAGGAGUCCCUCGUCCAUGAGUGUCAUCGACGCGCAAUCUUCUCCAACACCCAGCUUGCUGCGCCGAUCCACGAGCUCUAUCAACGGAAUCACACCCCCUCGAUCUUCGCCCUCGCGAGCAGCAAGCGUCGUUUCUGCAACCCCCUCACGUCGUUCCUCGUCGGCGCAAGUUGUCAAUAAUCGUUCUACCACCGCAGGCAGAUCGCCCCUCGCAGAGAUGGAACGGGAAGCCGAGCGGCCUCCGCGCGUAACUGCUAUUUCGAUUGCGCGCAAUCACUUUGAGAAGGAGUUGGAGUUGCAUAGGCGGGAGGAUGAUACAAGACACGCGAAUACUAUUGCUAUUUUACAUGAUUCCUGCUAUGGCCAUCGCUUUUCUCGACCGCGAACUUCGAAAGGGGCACUUAAUACGAUAGUGGAGAGACCCGAGCGUAUACAGGCUUGUAUACUUGGCUUGUCCGUGGCCUAUGUGAGACUUGGAGAGCGUCACUCGGAUGGAUUGUAUCCUCUUCACCCGUCACAGGAUGCGUCUAUGGUUCCUAGCGGUCCUUUUCGCAUUCGGAAGACGACGCGCAGAUUGUCUCUUUCCUCGCAGGCGGUCGCCAAUGUACAUGGCGCAAAGUGGAUGGAGGAGUUGAAGAUUAUGUGUGAUAACGCGGAGGUAAAGUUGGCUUUGAAUGGGAAAGAGCUUCUUCGACCGGAUAUCCAUAGGAGCCCGGGGGAUCCGGCGCCAGCGAAAUUGCACGAGGGAGAUCUAUAUCUUUGCGCCGAGUCAUUGGAGGCUAUGGAGGGAGCUUUAGGGGCUGUAUGUGAAGGUGUGGAUUCUGUUUUUGAGGGAUCAGCUAGUGGAACUGGACCGUAUCGAGCAUUCGUUACAAUUCGGCCACCGGGUCAUCAUUGUUCUGCCAGCUAUCCAUCCGGAUUCUGCUGGUUGAAUAAUGUUCAUGUGGGUAUUUCCCAUGCGGCUCUUACUCACGGCCUGACCCAUGCUGCUAUUAUCGAUUUUGAUCUUCAUCAUGGGGAUGGUUCUCAAGCUAUUGCGUGGGAACAUAAUGCUCGCGCAAAUGGACUGUCGAAGAAUGCGCUUCCUUGGAAAAAGACCUCGAUUGGAUAUUUCAGCAUUCAUGACAUCAAUUCAUAUCCUUGCGAACAGGGCGACAUGGAAAAGGUUAAGAAUGCCAGUCUUUGUAUAGAGAAUGCUCAUGGACAGAGUAUUUGGAAUGUUCAUUUGCAGCCGUGGAAGACUGAAGCUGAAUUUUGGGAUCUGUAUGAAACCAAGUAUUCGAUUCUUUUGGAGAAGACCCGAAAUUACCUACGUAAUCAGACUGAAAAAUUGCGUGGGGUGUACAAUGGCCCUAGACCAAAGGGUGCGAUUUUCAUUUCUGCUGGCUUUGAUGCUAGUGAGUGGGAGAGUGCUGGAAUGCAGCGCCACAAAGUCAAUGUCCCCACUGAGUUUUAUGCUCGUCUUACGCGAGAUAUUGUCCGGGUUGCUUCAGAAGAGGGAACCUCCGUCGAUGGAAGAGUCAUCAGUGUGCUCGAAGGAGGUUAUAGCGAUAGAGCUCUCUACAGUGGUGUACUCAGUCAUGUCAGUGGACUUGCCGGGGGAGCCCCAAUGGUCAUUAAGCAAGAAACCAAGGAAGAACGACGUCAAAGUGGCGGACUCGGAUUUGAAUUGGGCCAGAAGCUUGGUGGAUAUGCUGAUGAAAACUACAUGACUGAGCCUGUGGUAUCUGAAGUUCCAGAGUACGAUCCGUUAUGGUGGUCUCAUACUCGACUUGAUCAACUUGAUGCCACUCUCCGUUCAACACCUGCACCCCCUCCACCAGAGCCGAGAAAACCACGGGAAGGCCCUGCACCGACAUAUUCUUCUCCAACUCAGUCGUUUAUGGGCAAAAUUGUUUCUCCAAGUGCACGGCGAGCUGUUACGAGUAUGUCCAUGAGUGGACAUGCAACUCCACGGACCUAUUCAAGAGCACCCACCCCACCACCUCCAGAUGUUCAUUGGACAGUCGCUGCGCACGAACUUAGUAAAUUACUUAUUCCUUCAGAUCGCCAAGUUGGAAGUUGUAGACCUGAAGAUCUUUCGGCUGAAGCUACUCGGGUCAGAAGAGACAGGCAGUCGAUUUUAACACCUCCAGCAUCAGUUGUUGGAGCCGAGCAGCCGGAUCAACAACCAACUACAAGAAUGGCGCUUCGUACGCGGAAACCUGCAAAGCCAAUUGUCGAGGAAGAGGAAGAGGUUAAGAAGCCAAAGACGAAUCGUCGGAAGACUGUUGCUGGUGCUGCCUCGCUUGCUGGUGAAAAGGUAUUUUUUGAGAUCUUUGUUUUGUCUUAUCGAGUGAACCCUGUUUUGUGAUUUGUACUAAUACAUCUACCAGGCUGUGGCUAGAAGUUCAACUCCUAUACCCAUACCACAACCAGCAUAUGCGAGACCCACCACUCAAGCCAGCAGACGCCACAGUUCCGUCUCAAAUGGGUCUGUAAUUUCCGAUAUUUCAUCACGACCUUCUGAGGUUUCAUCACAGCGAACCGAAAAUCCAUCACGUCCAUCCGUGCAAAGAUCAAUUUCGGGUGGAGCGCCAAGUUAUCAGCGGCCUGGCACAUCCCAAAGUGUCAGACCUGAAUCUUCAAUGAGUUCACGAGGCAACCCUAUUCCCCAAGUUGUAGUAAGGAAGACCAGAGCACCCGCGCAACCUCGUGGGGAACCUGCCAAAUCAUCAAGGGUUAGGAAGAAGUCACCACUCAGCGAAGGCCCUUCUGGACAUGGUCAAGAUGGCGCCAACGAUCUACCAUCAAGGCCAGAUAGCGCUAUCGUUCCACCAGUUCCAACCCUUCCAUCAGUCCCUCAAUCUGAUAUGGAUAGCUUGACUUCUGGCAUGCAGAAAGUGAAGAUCAGUUUGAUUACCAAAGCCCAAAAAGAAGCGAAAGAAAAAGAGCAGCAAACCAAGCGAGCCCCAAAAACCACAAAACGCGCUCCUGCCAAAACUACUAAAACAAACAAAACUCAACCCGAAACAGCUCCUAUACUCCCUCCUACACCCGUUGAAGAAGUAAAUCACGUCAAACUCCCCGAAUGCCCAACAUCUACACUCACCCAAGAAACCGAACCAACCCUUCCUUCAACUCCUGAACCCAAUACCACCUCAUUCCAGCAACACUUCCCACCUCACCUCCAAAAACCAAAUGAUAUUCCUCUCCCUGCGAGCUCUCCGCUUGGUGCGCCUCUCAUCUCACCGUCCAAUUCAACCUCGUCAUCUAGCCAUACUUGCGUUGAGGCGGGUAAUACUUCUUCUGAGGGGGUUUUCAUUCCAUAUCAACCGGAUGGACCGACACCUCAACAGGCGCCUGGGUCAGAGAAAGCUGACGUGAAGUGGUUACCAACUAAUACUGUCAAUACGCCGUCGCCAAUGAAGGUUCAGCCGAUGAAGAGAGGGGAGUUGCCGGUUUUCACAGAGAAGAGUGUUAUUUCUUUUGCGGUGAACCCUAAUCUGGGGCAGAAGAGAGUUGAACCUUUUGUCAAGAAAGCGGAGGUUGUUGCACCGCAGCAAGCUGUGGGGAUGAGCGGGAAGAUUAAGGAGCGCGAGAGCGAGAUCAUGGAUUCUCAGCAGGAGGAUGGGCUGUUGGGGGUCACUGAAAUUCCAGAGACGCCUCAAAACUGAGGUGGUUUCCUAAAGCCGUUUUCUGGAGAUGAUGCAACAUUUUGGAGUUGGAGAUAGAAGAGGCGAUAAGGGAGAAGGCAGUUUAUGGAUAGUAAGCGAAUGCCUACCUGCUUCGCCGACGUCGCGACAGGAUACUACACCUCGGUCUCUUUUGUAUCUUACAUACCCUUCCUUUCUCGACUUCUUGACACUACCUCCCUCUCCUGGUUUUCUUUUCUUCGAUAGAUUUCUUUUCGUGUAUUAAUAGGGGUGAAGUUUACCGCGGGGGUUUUCGUUCUUUUGGGGGACUUGGGCUUAUGGCAAUUGUGAAGAUUGUGGAUAGAGGGCGAGAAGGCUGUGUAUGCGGUAUGGCGUGGCGUGGUGGUGAUGGAUAUUUGGAGUGUGUGUGUGCGUGUGCGUGCUUGUGUUGAUGUUUAUGAUACCCCCAACUUUUAUGCUGGACGGAGGGCUUGUUUUUUUUUUUGCAUUAUUUUGUAUUUUGUUUUGUUGGUUUAUUGGUGUACUUUAGUUUCUUUCUUCCCUUCUUCGUCUUUAGUAUUUUGUUUUGAGGCUGGCUGACUUUGGGGGUUUGAGUGUUCGCGAAGGGGG